AAACCACCUGGGGCAAUGACUGUUCUACUGGCUGCCUUACUCUUGGGGCUGGCUCUUCUAUCCUUCUGGAGGAUGGCAAAAGGGAAACUGGAGCCCAAGGCAAACUACCCCAGAUGCCUGCCAUCCCUGCCAGUCAUCGGAAGCCUCUUUUAUUUUAUUGGACAUACCCAGUACCAUCUCUUUUUCCACAGAUUGCAGCAGAAGUAUGGCAGCCUCUACUCCUUGUACAUGGGCUCCAGUUAUGUAGUCGUGGUCCACGACUAUACCCAUGCCAAAGAGGUGCUGCUUAAGAAAGGGAAGAUCUUUGGCGGCAGACCUCAAAAGGUGACAACAGACUUGCUGACUCGAAACGGGAAAGACAUCGCAUUUGCCAAUUACAGCCCGGUCUGGAAAGUUCAGCGCAAGCUGGCACAUUCUGCACUCUCCAUGUUUGGAAAGGGUUCUCUGGCCCUGGAGAAAAUCAUCUGUCAAGAAGCAGCUACUUUGUGUGAACUUCUGAGUGCUAAACAGGAUUCGCCCCUGGACAUGGCACCUGAACUGGCACGUGCUGUUACUAAUGUGGUGUGCACCAUCUGCUUUAACUCAUCCUACCAGCGUGGAGACCCUGAGUUUGAGUCCAUGCUCCAAUAUAGCCAAGGCAUUAUUGAUACUGUAGCCAAGGAGAGCACGUUGGAUAUCUUCCCAUGGCUUCAGUUCUUUCCCAAUAAAGACUUGGCACUACUGAGGAAAUGUGUGGAAGCAAGAGAUCAGCUCCUACAGCAGAAGUUUGCAAAACAUAAAGAAUUGUUCAGCGAUGACGAUUCUGCCAAUUGUUUAAUAAACGUACUCCUGAGAGCCAAACUCAACAUGGAAAACAACAACAGUCAACUGUUGCCUGGGCAGGAGCUGACGGACGACCACCUGCUCAUGACAGUGGCUGACAUCUUUGGAGCUGGUGUGGAGACGACCACAACUGUGUUGAAGUGGAUUGUGCUCUAUCUCCUGCACUACCCAGAGGUGCAGCAAAAGAUCCAAGAGGAACUGGAUCAGAAACUUGGCUUUAACAGAUUUCCUCAGCUUGAUGACCGGCAGCACUUGCCUUAUUUGGACGCUACCAUUAGUGAAACUCUGCGCAUCCGGCCUGUAGCCCCACUCCUUAUCCCACACGAGGCACUGGCAGAUACAAGCAUUGGGAAAUACGACAUUCCUAAGGGAGCUCACGUUGUGAUUAACCUGUGGUCCAUUCACCAUGAUGAGAAAGAGUGGGACAAGCCAGGGGAAUUUAAUCCAGGACGUUUCCUGGAUAAGGAUGGGAAGAGAAUCGCCUCUCCCUCCCCCAGUUAUCUUCCCUUUGGAGCUGGUAUCCGGGUUUGUUUGGGAGAAGUACUGGCCAAGAUGGAGCUGUUCCUCUUUAUAGCGUGGACCUUGCAGAGAUUCACACUCAGCGUCCCUCAAGGCCACACACUGCCUGAACCAGAGGGGAAAUUUGGAGUUGUGCUUCAAGUACCAAAUUUCAAAGUGAAGGCCACACUGCGGGAAGCUUGGAAGGCCAAAGUAAGAGAGGAGUGACGUUAUUUGGCUAUCAGACAGCCUCCCUAAAUGGAAAGAGACCAAAAAUUACUUCAGCUGGUUCAGUAAAAGUUUUGCUGGAUAAGUGUGUCAAGAAGGGGAAGUAAACUGCUUGGUCAAGGACACGAGCCACUAUCUACAUAGUAGAAUAUAUUAGGCACAUUGGACAAAGGCAGAAAGGACACCACAGUUCAUAAAAAACUUUUUUGACAUCAAAAGUUGCAUCUUCUUCCAUCUCUCCCUCAGACUCCAAUGGAAUAACUGAGAAUGCAGUGUUUUGCAUGGCAGAGCAGUGACAACUCUGAAGUGUCUCUAAACAAAGAGGUCACCCCAUUUGUCUCCCAUUGCUGGACUCCUGUCAUUAACCUAUACUGUUAAUUUUAUUUCAGUGAUCUUAACCUGUGGAACACAGCUCACCUAUUUAGAUAUGAACUUUGUCCCUUCUGUGUCCUCCCAUUCUUAUUUUUUGGUGCCGCCAUUGACGUUAGCACAGGAUCCUCAAAUGCUUGUGCUGAAAGAUCUGGUCAUGAUUAGUUAGGAAAUCAACAGACACCAGCCAAAGCACUAGCACAACAAAUUAGGGAAAGCCCUGGUUUGAGAAGAGCAUGCAUAAAAGGAGGAGAGAGCACUGCAAAACCAUUGUCAUGGGUCUUAUGUAACUUAACUAUGAGCAUCAGAGGCAGAUGGGAAUACUGUGAUGUCUCUGUUGCUUGCCAGUACCUAUGGACAGCAGCAAAAAAUCCACAACCUUGAACGCAACCCAUUUUAUGUCCUAGUACUUUCUGUAGAGAGGGGAGAACAUUAGCUGUCCAAUGACGGGAUUAAAAUAGCUUUAGGAAGUGUGUCGGAAGAAAAGCGAAACUGGUUGGUUCUUAUCUAGGGGGAGCUCAGGCAGAAGCUGUGGAUAUAACAUCAAAUUAUAAGGGGGUUACUUCAAGGAAGAAAAAUAGCUCUCAUUUAAAGCCAGGGUAUAGUUAGGGAGGUCUAAUCAGCUGGCUUUACAGUGGGUGAGAAGAGCAACGGCCUCAUACCUCAGCUGGAGUCUGUUCACACCAUGUAUUUGUUCAAAACUGAGGCCUAUGCAGUACAGGAGAGUUAACGAAACUGUGUCUUCUGGAUGUUGAUGGACUAUAAGCCCCAUCCCUAAUCAUUGGCCAUUCUGGGGGGGACUGAUGGGAGUUGAAGUCUAACAAUAUCUGGAAGGCCACAUGUUAUCCAUUCUUGCAGUAAAAGCCUUCUGCUACAAGGAUAGGGCUUCCUCAAAUUUAUAGGGCUAUUCACUUGUAUCACUACAGAGAAGAAGCCAGAAACUAAUUUCACCCACUUCCUAAUUUGGUACAGCUUACUUCUACCCCACUAUAUCCUCCCUCUAGAAAUACCAUUGAGUUUAGUUACCUACAUCCUAUUUCUCUCAUAUACAGCUUUUCUUCCACCCACAUAUUUUUGACUUUCCACCUGGUGUUAUGCUCAGUACAACUGCCAAAAGGGUUUUUUCUUUUUUCAAUUUGCUUUUCUGUUUUAUCAUAUCAUCAACGCAUACUGUGUUACAGUCAGACACAGGACAAUUGGGGGGAAAACAAACAUAUAUAUACAACACAUAUAUAUGAAUAAUAAUGGUAACAUAGCUUAUUCCUUCAGUUUAUUUGACUCUCAUAAACCUUAGUUUUUACUCCCCUUCCACUCUUUCCAUGGUUUCCUAAGUGCUAUCUUAUCAACUGUGUUUUCUUACUCUACUAAGUUGUUUUCAGUACCUUAUAUUAUCCCACGUUGUAACAUCUACUGCUGAGUGUUUUUUGUCAGCCUGUUACGAUUAUUUUAUUGUUAUAAUAUUUUUCCAUAUAAUCUAUAUAUAAUGUCCAGUCUUCUUUUAAAUUCUUAUACAGUGGUACCUCAGGUUACAUACGCUUCAGGUUACGGACUCCGCUAACCCAGCUUCUAGGU